UUUUUUUUUUUUUUGCUGGAGCAAGAAAACAUCGACAUCUUUCAUACUUUUUAAAUACAAGGCUUUAGAAAGGAAUUAAUUUCAAUUAUUGUUAAACCAUUGGGCUUGAAAUAAUUUAUUUUAGCCACGUUCACAAGUUCAUGCGGACCUGCCGGGAGAGGCAUGCUGGUGACCAACAAAUACAUGGGCACCUGCGCUGAGUCUGCGCAGCCAUCGCAACCGGAGCCCAAAGAUGAUCCAGUGCAGCCCCCGGCUCAAGCGAAAGACGAAGGGGCGUCUGGGGAUGGAGGUGGCGGCGAAAGCCCUGGGGACUCGGAGAUUGUCAAAUCGCCGAGUGAUCCCAAACAUUACAGGUGUAUUAAAUUAGACAAUGGCGUGCAAGCUCUCCUGAUCUCAGACAUGAGCAGCACAGAAUGGAAGCUGUUGGACUCUGAGGAGGAAGAGGGCGACUCAGAGGAAGACGGCAGCGGGGAGGAGGAUGUGGCCGAAGAGGACGGUGACUCUGGAGAGGGAACUGAAGAAGAAUCGGAGCACGGACGUGAUGAGCAGGACAGUGACUUUGAAGAGCUGGAGGAUGAGAGUGAUGUGAAGGAAAAGAGCUGUUUUGAAAAACAGUCUGCAGCUGCCCUGUGCAUUGGAGUCGGAAGUUUCAGUGAUCCAGAUGACCUGCCGGGGCUGGCACAUUUUCUUGAACACAUGGUGUUCAUGGGCAGUGAGAAGUACCCUGCUGAGAACGGUUUUGACGCUUUCCUGAAGAAGCACGGCGGCAGUGACAACGCCUCCACAGACUGUGAGAGAACAGUGUUCCAGUUUGAUGUGCUGAGGAAAUAUUUCAGGGAGGCACUGGACAGGUGGGCUCAGUUUUUCAUCUCUCCGCUGAUGAUCAAGGAUGCCAUUAGCAGGGAGGUGGAGGCUGUGGACAGUGAGUACCAGCUUGCCAGACCGUCUGAUAGCCAUAGGAAAGAGAUGCUCUUUGGAAGUCUAGCCAAGCCUGGGCACACUAUGGGCAAGUUUUGCUGGGGGAACACACAGACUCUGAAACACGAGCCAAAGGAGAAGAACAUCGACACCUACGCUCGGCUGAGAGAGUUUUGGGAGCAGCACUACUCUGCCCACUACAUGACCCUGGCUGUGCAGUCUAAAGAGACUCUGGAUACACUGGAAGAGUGGAUGAGAGAGAUCUUCAGCAAGAUUCCAAAUAAGACAUGGACGAGCCCUGACCUUUUCGCUGCAUUUGUCUUCCAGUUGUACCUGUCCAAAAGAUUCAUUUCCUCAUUAUCACCUGGGCACUCCUUCCCCAGGAACAUCAUUACAGGGUCAAGCCGCUGCACUUCCUGGCUGAUUGGUCAUGAGGGUACAGGCAGCAUUCUGUCCUUGCUCAGGAAAAAGUGCUGGGCUCUUGCUUUGUAUGGAGGGAACAGUGAGACUGGUUUUGAUCAGAACUCAACCUACUCUAUCUUCAGCAUCUCCAUCACUCUGACUGAUGAAGGCUACCGGAAUUACUACCAGAUUGCUGACUUAGUGUUCCAGUAUCUGAAAAUGCUUCAGAAGAGUGGUUUUUGUAGAGAGAUAGAGAAGGAGUGGAGUGAGCGGUGGUCUGGAGACUUCGAACUGAACCCUGACCUGCACUUGCCAGCCGAGAACAAGUUUAUUGCCACGGAUUUCAUCCUUAAGACAUCUGAUUGCCCAGACACAGAGUAUCCGGUCAGAAUCGUCAACAGCGAGAAAGGCUGCUUGUGGUACAAGAAGGACAACAAGUUUAAGAUUCCAAAGGCUUAUAUUCGAUUCAACCUAAUCUCCCCAGUGAUCCAGAAAUCUCCAGAGAACCUGGUUUUAUUUGACAUCUUUGUCAAUAUUGUGGCACACAACCUGGCAGAGCCUGCCUAUGAAGCUGAUGUUGCACAGCUGGAGUACAAAUUAGUUGCUGGACAGCAUGGAUUUGUCAUUAAAGUCAAGGGAUUUAGCCAUAAACUACCUCUGUUGUUUAAUCUGAUUAUUGACUAUCUGGCUGAUUUUACUGCUGCCCCUGAUGUUUUCUCAGUGAUCGCUGAGCAACUGAAGAAAACUUACUUCAACAUCCUCAUCAAACCAGAUAAACUGGGCAAGGAUGCCCGGCUGCUGAUCCUGGAGCACUCGCGCUGGUCCAUCAUCCAGAAGUACCAGGCCAUCAUGAAGGGCCUCAACAUGGAGUCACUCAUGUCCUUUGUCAGCAAGCUCAAGUCUCAGCUCUACGCAGAGGGGAUGGUGCAGGGGAACUUCACCAGCAGAGAAGCAAUGGAGUUCCUGCACUCUGUUAUACAGAAACUGCAGUUUCAGCGCUUAUCUGUAGAGGUCCCUGUUCACUUCAGAGUGGUGGAGUUACCAAAGGUGCCCCACCUGUGUAAAGUGAAGUCUUUGAACAAGGGGGAUGCCAACUCUGAGGUCACUGUUUACUAUCAGUCGGGCCCCAGGAACCUGAGGGAGCACACAUUGAUGGGGCUGCUUGUGAUGCACGUGGAGGAGCCUUGCUUUGACUUCCUGAGAACAAAGGAGACUCUUGGGUACCAUGUCUACCCCACCUGCAGAAAUACUUCAGGGGUUUUGGGAUUCUCUGUUACCGUGGAAACCCAGGCAACCAAAUUCAACACCGAGGAAGUUGAUAUAAAAAUCGAAGAAUUUCUCACGAUCUUCGGAGAGAAGAUGGCGAGCAUCACAGAUGAAGCAUUCAAAGGACAGGUGGUUGCCCUGAUUAAGCUGAAGGAGUGUGAAGACACUCACCUGGGCGAGGAGGUUGACAGGAACUGGUAUGAAGUAGUCACCCAGCAGUAUGUGUUUGACCGGUUGAACUGUGAGAUCGAGGCCCUCAGGUUGAUCAUAAAGUCUGAGCUGGUGUCCUGGUUCAUGGAGCACCGCGGGGCUGGCAGCAAGAAGCUGAGUAUGCAUAUGAGUACCCCACAGCAUGGCAGGGGGCAGGAGGCAAGGGGCGAGGGUGUUUUAUUGUUCAGAGUCAGAAUUAAUCAGGACUACAGUAUCCAAGUGUUCUCAAGUUUGCAUUGUACAGUGAAGAAUAUGCAAUAAAAUCCUUUUAAGAACAGAUUCUCAUUUACAGUGCUGACCUGAGAACAGCUGAGGAAAAUUGUAACUUGUCCAGGUCCAUUGAUUCUCUUUUUUUUUUUGCCAGAUUCCAUUUUAAUAAAUAAAAUGUUCCGACUAAAUCAGAAGAUGGUGUGGUGAUUGUACCUUUUAAAAGAGACAAAUGGGAUAAAAACCAAGACUACCACAGCAAGAAGUACAGCAUGCGCUUAUUAAAACCAAGAAUGGGUUUAAUGCAUUUAACAUAAUGAAGAUUAAAAUCAAAAAGCAAAAGAGCUUUUCAAUAUAUAUGUUUGUGUAGGCUGUAGAAAGAAAUUGGUUUUCAAGAUACAAGUAAUUUCAGUUAAUGUCAUGUAAAACAAUAUUUUGAUUACUCUUACUGUGUUGGUGAUUUUGUAUAUAAUGUCAAUACCCUCCCCAACAAAAACAAAAAGCAGUGGGUAAGGCCAUAUUAACCCAUCACAGGGCCCAAGGCUAACAUACUUGUGGGCCCCUACCACCUUGUAUGAAUAACAACAAAUAGCCAAUUUACAUAUAUACAAGUUAUUAUACUUGGUUUUGAUCAGAAACGGUCAGUUAUGCCGAAUUCUAGUUAUUAAUUGACAAAAGUUUUAUGCACAGCUUAGAACUGAAUGACUGACCGAAUCUGACAGAAAGUUUAAUUGAAGGCAGUGGGUGUCCUAAAUACAUUGCAAAAUAAAUUCGGAAAAACCUGAAGCCUACGUCAAAUUCCAUAGCGGAGCUUGAUAAUC